GUGGUAUGUUUCGCUGCCGGAAAAUGGCAUAUACAACCACAAAUACAACCAUCCGACUGGUGCAGCUUAAAAAAGAAAUUUCAGGGCUUCCAUUUACUACAUGUUUCAAAGUUCAUGUAUGAGAACAAUAUUUCUUCGUGUAUUCAUAUUUUUUAGGAGUUUGCAACAUCAAAGCUCGAAGCAAGGCAAUCGAUCAACAGGGCUCAGUCACUCAGUACUAUGCUUAGUACUUUUUUAAAUAUCUAUCGGGAAGUCUGGCUGGGAGAAUGGAAGAAAUUCAGACGCUCAAAUGACUUCUUUUACAAUAACGUGGAGAGGAAAGGAAACACACAAAAAGAUGAUGCGAAUAGCAGUGUGUCAUAUGAAUCUCAAUUUUUUGAACAGGAAAAUGAAUUUGGGGAUUUAAAUGAACAAAGUGAAGAUAUUGCUGAAAAUUAUGACAAGCACCAAGAGUUAACCACCAAAACACAGGAUUCUGAAGAUAUUUUUACCAAGCAAUCUAUCUCUAUUAUUACAGAGGAAUCUAAACAACCAUGUCAACAUAGUCAAAGUCAUUUGUCACCCACUGGCCACUAUACUGGGUUAUUGUUACAGUUUGACUUUGCAUCAAAUGUAUCACGUCAGCAAUCCUUUGUUGUUCAUGAUUAUAAUGCAAACAAAAGAACAAUUAUGGUGAUGUCAAAUUUUAUUUCCAUAAUUUCAAUGUUGGGUAUAUACCCAACUAAAUGAUAUUACUCAAUACUCUUUUUUGGUGCUAUAACCUGCAUGUAUUUUUUUCUUCAGCAUAAUUCAUUUGUAUUUGUUCAUUGAUAUCCCCACCUAUUGCUUGAUGGCUACGGUUGGAUAUUGUGCUGCUCAUGUGAUGCAAAUAGAAAGCAAUUUGUUGAAGCCCUACCUAAUAAUAUACAAUUAGAUCCUCAAAAAGAUAUACCAUAUCCCAGUUGCAUACACAUAUUAGCAAAGGAAAAAUAUCUGGUUGUGUAUGAUAGAAAGUUUGGUAUUGAAGCCAAAGAUUUUAUUGAAAAAAAAUCCACAUCCAUGAUGCAGUCUGUUUUCAGUGAUCAUUCCUACCAUGAGAUGCGACCUGAAGAAGACUUGUUUAGUGCAGUGUGAGUCUGAUACUGGAUUGCUAGAUGGAAGUAGGUUUGAAAUGCGCAAUUUCAUCAACAGGAGAAAUGUGCGAGCUUUAUUGAAGAAGUACAGUGAUUCAAAGCUAAGUUGGGACGAAUUUCAAGAAUUAAAAUCUGAAAUAUCUUCAAAGAGGCUUAGGACUCUACUUGAAUGGUUAGAGAAACAAGGAUUCAUCACUAGUUGUCCAAACUCGUGCAGAAGGUUAUUGGCAGCAUUGGCUUCUGACAAACCAGUAUGCGCAAUUGUGCCCCCCAAAGAAGAAGUUUUGGACCUCUUGAUAAGGAUGUCUGAUGGAGCCAAUCCAAAAGACAAUCCUUCCACUGAUUUAAAACUUCUUCAUGAAGAAGUGCCCCUACUGUUUAACGUCAUUGAGACUAGCGAAGAAAUUCCAAUUACUAUUCAACCGCUGCUAAAGGAAUUGGUACAAAAGGCGAUAAGUCCGUUCGAGGUCAAGGACGGUCAGUGGCGUUUGCCACACAACUUACCUGCGGUGUCUCAAAAUUCGUUCCAUGGAUAUCUACCUUGUCUGCCAGAACUGGUUCAACGAGGGAAUUAUGUUCUUGACAAUAGGAAGACACAGCAGGGAGAUUGUGCCAAAGUCACUAGACCCAAGAAGAAGCAUGGCACUUUGAUCCCUGGAAUAUUUUGUAUUCUUUGUCCCCACGGUGUACGUUAUGGAUUCGAAAUAAUGAGGGAUCACGAAUCACGAAAUAUCCCAUUUACCAUUUUACGAACACGUUUUCCUGAUGCGCCAGAGUUGGUCAUUUACGAUAAUGCCUGCAGAUUGCACGAGUAUUGUUUGAACUGAGAUCCAGCAUUUUUUAAGAAAACAAAAUUUGUUGUUGAUAAGUUUCAUUGGAAAAAUCAUUCAGGAUGCGGCGAAGGAUAUAACAUGAAAUUGUACCCCACGCUCAAUAUGUACAAUAGCCAAGCUGCUGAACAGUGCAAUUCGUGUAUUAAGCCUCUUGCCUCCAUGGUUUCUUACAUGGAAUACGAUAACUUUUUUCUUUUUACAAAACUCCAUAUUUGGCACAGGAAUAUGUUACGCAUUGUUAAAUACAAUCCUGAGAGAGAAAUAGCCUACAAACACUAUUUUCUCACUCUUAGUCGUGUUAUUCAUUAGUAACGCGUUAUAGUUUCGUUUUUCGAAAAAUUUAAACUUGUUUUUAUGAAUAGUUUUAUCUGUACAAAAUAUUACUUCAUAGUUACCCAUAUAGUUUCUGCAAAAGUAACAAUUAUAUGUAACGUCGUUACUUGUAAAAAAAUUAUUUACAUCACUUGUUAUAAAUAUAAGAAUGUUAUUCAUAUG